AUGGCGGAUAACCAAAGCGAAAUAAGCUCUGCAGACUCUGCUGAAGCUCAGAAUCAACUACAGAAUGAGCAAUCAGAACACCUCUUAGACUCACCAUGGGCCAAAUUUACCGCGGAACAACUUAUGGAAAACUGUCCAUACACAGUUGCACUCAAGGUCAUCAAUACAGCUCUCUGGGGUGUACCCGCACCGGCGGACGCAAAUGAGACACACGCAACAACGUGGGUCGCUAAAGCUAUCCACGACUACAAUGUGUCAAUGGCCUGGGACGAUGACCUCUUCAUUGACUACAAAUGGGACUUUGAAGGAUGGACGAAGGAGCUAUUUAGCAAGGUUGAGCGUGGUACACUAAGGUCUCUUAAGAGUGUGCUACGACACCGGGGAGUAUACACUGGCAACAAUCACGCCAGGGUGGCGGACUCUCUCUACAACAUUCUAGGUAUAGAGAAUACUCUUGAAUGGGAACCAGCAGAGUUUCGAGCCAUGAAAUUCGACCAACAGUCCGAAGCGUACCAGCGCCAGCAGAGCAAUAAACGCCAACAGGACACUCAGCACACAGUCUAUCCAGCUGUACAACAACCACCGCAAGUACAACAACCGCCGCAAUUACAACAACCGCCGCAAUUACAACAGCCACCGCAAGUACCACAGCCGUCGCAAUUACAACGACCGUCGCAGGGCGAGCAACAAGAGCAGUAUAGAGUGAGACAAGGCGUCCAGAGCCGUUCCCAAACAAUAGAGCCACAACAGCCGCUACACAUGAGCGGUACGCUGGAAGGGCCUCAGCAUCGACAACUGUGGGAGCAGGCCGCGCAGCCGCAACAAGGGCGUGCGCAACUACAGACACGGCCGCCAGCGACUGCAUAUCGCGAAGUCACGCCAUUUCCGCAACAGCCAACGAACCGCGUCCCUAACAGACCACCCGAACCACCAUACGACCCGUACAAGACGCUACCGCCGCGAUGGUCCCGCAACGAUCGACUCGACGCUAAUACGAUCACGCAGUUCUCUAAGCUAUGGGACAAUAGCAACAAGUAUACAGGGAAUGCGUACGAUCUCCUAGACGAUAAGAUCAAGAUCUUCUUCAGCAUCUGCUGGCAGGUAGAUAUCCAAGAAGAGCAGUUUCACGCAGUGUUUCCCCGUAUCCUUACCGGACGUGCAGAGACAUUCUACAUACAGGUUGUAGAGAGAGAUGACAGCUUUGCUGAUGCGUACAUGGCAAUCAAAAACCACUUCGACCAUGACGUCCAUCACCAGCACUACUACACAGACUGGACGACUACAACCUUCGCUCGCACCCGCACAGAGAACCCCGACAAGGGACUACACGAGGUUCUGCAGAUCCUGCUUGACAAGCUGCAGCUAUGCCAGCGUGCCCUUGGCAAGAACUUUGAGGGCGAGGAUGCCCUACGUACCACUGUCAUCAAUGCCUGCCGAGGAGUACCAGAGCUUGAGAUGGCACUGUUCAAACCAGCCACAAUCUGUGAAGGACUCUUCUCAGACCUACGUUCUGCAGUUGAGACACACCUUGCACGGCAACACACUACCCAGAUGGUCACAGAGGACCAAUACUACUUAGAUCGCCGAUACAACGGCAAUAGAAGAAUCCGAGGUAGAUCUCGAGGUGGAGGAGGAUUCAGAGGCGGAUCUAGAGGAGCAUAUCGAGGAGGCGAGCAGCGCGACGACAACGGACGAGGAUUUAAGCCUCGCUGGAGGAAGAAAUGCUUUGUUUGCCAGAAGGAAGGAUGCUGGCCUACCAACCACACAGACGAAGAGCGCAAGGCUGCCCGUACACAGUUCUUCUCUACGCUAUACUUUACAGGUACACAGCCCCCCAAGGACUUCUCCGUACAUCUUGCAGAAUACGAAGGGAUCGAGCACACUAGCCAGUACAAUCAGAGAGGCUGGAGAGAGGAGGAAGACUGCGAGGAUGACGACGAUGACGACGUCGCGGAAGCAUACCUUGAACAGCAGUUUUUCACGGAGCAAUGCCUUGCAGAUCAGGCGUUCUUGCACCACAUCUCUGGCGACGACCUAGGCUUUGUCCUUAUGCUCGUCAACGAGUCUAUUGACGUCAACACCUUCACAAUACAGGGCAACGUGAUCCACUACAGCUCUACAAAAUGCAAGCGCAUCACACGGAGCGUACUGGCCUCAGAGAUCUACGGCAUGGUCAACGGCUUUGACAUAGGCAUUGCAGUUGCAACCACGCUGAGGAUAGUUACAGAACGACUUAGACUACCUGCAAUUCCCUUGGUUAUCUGUACAGACUCGUACUCCUUGUACGAGUGCCUAGUAAAGCUUGGGACGACGAAGGAAAAGCGUCUCAUGAUCGACAUCAUGGCGCUGCGCCAAUCAUAUGAGCGUCGCGAGAUCACGGAGAUCCGCUGGAUCAAUGGUGAAGACAAUCCUGCAGACGCCUUCACCAAGGCAUCGCCAAACCGCGCUCUUGAACGCUUUAUUGACGGCAAUAAGCUGACAGUCCGAGUAGAGGGAUGGGUGCAGAGGCCGACAAGCUUUGAUGGUUGAUGCUACACACAGUUACCAUCAACACAUACUGUCACUACCGAUACAAGCAGAGUUACUAGCUACCCAGAAAGAAAAGACUUCCAGUGUCGGAUCGUGAGUAUCGGUAGAGACGUCGGCUGCUGGACACUUCGGCCCGACUUCGGCCCACCUUGCGCAGAGCUUAGGUAUACCUUCGUAGCAGCUGUGUUCGUAAUAAAUCAAUCACCAUCACC